AUGGGCGGACUGAUCACCGUUUUUGGAGCCACCGGAAACCAGGGUGGUUCCGUCAUCAAGCACAUUCUCGAGGAUCCUCAGCUUUCCAAAGAAUACAAGAUCCGUGGCAUCACCCGGGAUACAUCGAAGAAAUCGGCUCAGGUACUCGCCAAGAAAGGUGUUGAGGUUGUUUCGGCCGAUUUGAACUCCGUUGAGUCUCUCACCAACGCUCUGAAGGGGACUCACACCAUUUUCCUGGUUACCAACUACUGGGAAACUGCGAAUGGCGACAUUGAAUAUUCCCAGGGUAAGAAUGUGACCGAUGUGGCCAAGAAUAUUGGUGUCUCGCACAUCAUUUUCUCUUCGCUUCCUCAUGUGGCGGAGGCGACAAACGGAAGGCUGAGCCAUGUUCCUCAUUUUGACAGCAAGGCCAACAUUGAGAAAUAUAUCAAGAAAUCUGGACUCAAGAACACCAUUGUCCUUCCUGGUUACUUUAUGAGCAACCUCACUCAGAUGAUCACCAAGGGUCAGAACGGGGUGUAUCAACUGUUCUACCCAGUUGACGGUGAGAAAGCAAAGUUUCCCCUUUUCGAUGCCGCCGAGGACACUGGUCUUUUCGUGAGAGCCGCUCUCAAAAAUCUGGAUAAAUUAGAGGGAAAGCAUGUCCUUGAAGCUACUGCUUACUACACUCCUGUGGAGAUUGUCGAUACCUUCUCCAAGGUUACAGGGAAGAAAGCGGCCUUUGUCCGGGUUACUCCCGAGCAAUACAAGGCGUCAUUGCCGGAGGCUGUCGCUCAGGAGUACUUGGAGAACCACCUGUUUGUUGAGGACCCUGGUUAUUUUCUGGGAGAGAGUCUCGACGACAGCCUGAAGCUGCUUGAUUCUAAGCCCACUACCUGGGCUGAAUUCGUCAAGAAGAAUGCUGCUGCCUGGGACUGA